UUAAACUGUCCUCUAUCAAUACGGGCGACGAUGACAAUGACUACCCCAGAUUCGAGAUGAAGGAGAAAUUCGAUCUGGUCAUUGAAGAGCUGAGUUUAUACUUUGAGAUCAGCCAUGACUCAGGAGAAGCUGCAGUCAUUGAGCUAUGCGUUGGGAAAGAGCUUAGCCCCAGCGAAGAGUACGUUUCUGCUUCACGCUUCAGUGACCGUCCGCGCAGCCCAGCUGCAGGGCCACCCAGAGACACGUCCAUGGGAGAUGAUGAGGGCACUCUGAAAACCAGUCGUGCUGAACCAGAGAAGGCAUGUGCUGCUGAGGGCCUGGACAGUGAGCAGGAGGUGCCAGUUGACUGCAGCCUGCUCUCAGAGGGAGAGGAGCUCAUGUACUCUUCAGUCAAGCAGAAAGAGCCCAGGGAGGCUGAGCAGAGAGGACGAUCCUGGGACCCAGCCUUCAUGUUUCUCUCCUGCCUCGAUCAGUUCAACACAACAGGAAAGCCUGAACAGAACCAGAGACUGGAGCCUUUAAAAACUUGCUCUCGUCCAAUCAGGGUGGGUCUCUCAAAGAAGGCCAAAACCAAACAGCUGCAUCCCUACAAAUAAACUUUUUAAUAGUUUACUACCAAAAUCCUACUUGUUACUAUUUAUAUUUAAACAUAUUAUAUGCAUGGCAAUUAGAAUAUAUAAUGGCAGUUGAUUAUCUUAGUUUAGCAUCAUAUUUGUUUUCAUUGCUUGUUCACUGCAAUACUGUUUUAGAAAAUAUACACAGUACUAUUGCUUUGGGAGCAUCUUGAGUUGUUUAAAAAACCUGUUUCCCAGAAGAUUAAAUAUGAAUUUAAUAUUACACCUUGGCAAUAAAAACGACACUUUC